AUGGGUACGUUUAAGAGACUUCAAACACGGGUACACCUAAAGAAAAAUGAGAAGAGCCCAAAGAGGAAGAUCAAGGAAAGGAUACGGAAAGCUCGCCCGUGCAUCGUUGGGGAGUGGAGCCCCUGGAGCGGCUGCACCGACCAGUGCCAGCCCGCGGCCCGCGUGCGGAGGCGCCGGGUGCGGCAGGAGCCCCGGAACGGCGGCGCGCCCUGCCCGCCCUUGGAAGAGAGAGCCGGCUGCCUGGACUACUCGACGCCCCAGGGCCAGCACUGCGGGCACUCCUUCGUCCCUGCCUUUAUAACUACCUCUGCAUUCAACAAGGAGAGAACAAGACAAGCUGCCUCUCCACAGUGGUCUACAGUCACAGAGGACGCCGGAUACUGUAUGGAGUUCAAGACAGAGUCAUUGACUCAUCACUGCGCUAUGGAAAAUCACCCCCUGACUCGAUGGAUGCAGUAUCUCCGAGAGGGGUACACAGUGUGCGUCGAUUGUCAACCCCCAGCUAUGAACUCUGUGAGCCUUCGCUGUUCCGGAGAUGGCCUGGACUCAGAUGGAAAUCAAACUCUCCAUUGGCAAGCAAUUGGCAAUCCUCGAUGUCAAGGAACUUGGAAAAAAGUUCGGCGAGUAGAUCAGUGUUCUUGUCCAGCUGUUCACAGUUUUAUUUUUAUAUAGAUUGCGAUGUAAAUAUUUCACAGUGUGUUUGUCAACAUGCUAAACCUAACCAAGUCAUGUGAAGUGCUUCAUAAACCUUCAAAAACCAUCUGGCCAAAGUCCCUAGAACACAUGUUGUUGCCACACUCCGAAGUAGAGAAAGAAAGUGCACGGGCCCAUUCUCAAGAUGCCCAGUACCUUUGUUUUUAUGUUUACUACAUUGAGGACCUACCCUAAAGGUUCCUGUGGUUUUGUGACCUUGGCCUUCUACAGAGUCCUCUCAUUCAGAGGUCGCCCACACAACACAGAAUGCAUGUCCAUUUGCACUAAAAUUACUACAAUAUGGUCCAUUUAUUGGUGAGUAGUUGUCAUUUAAGGGCAUCCGUGCUUUGAAUCUUGCAUUCCUUCUUUCUGUUCUGUAAUCUCUUAAAAACUUCUCACUUGAAAAAAUGUAUACAGAUAUAUGUAUACUCUCACACGUACAGAUUCCCAUAUAUUAUUCCAUAAAUUGUGAAAUAAUGAUUUUAAGAAAAUAGUCACAAAUGAUUUUCACAGGACAAGUUAAGAUUUAGUAAGCGUUUUGUAAUGAAAAGCCAACAGCUAUGUUAAAAACACUUUUUUGAAGAAGAAAUUUUCUUUGGUUAAUUGACAAUCAAAUGUUCAUUCUAGGUCAAUAGAAGUUCCUUAAAUGCUAUAAUUUUCAUGAAGAGAAUUUUGGCACCGAUGAAUGAAACAAUGCUUUAAUUAUGAAAAUUUUACCAUCAUUAGCACCUAAG